AUGGAAUUUGCCCUCGUGCCUUGGAAUCAGAAAUGUGGCAUCGACUCGGAAUUGCUUCCUGUUCAACAAUGGGCCUCAGAGGGAAUCCAGCAGUGUGCGAAGCGCCCGUGGAUUGUCGGGCUCCUCGGCCCCACGCCGGAACCCGCCGCCUACGAGGGCCAGAUUCCGGACUACAACGACCUCGAUAGGACUCUCGGCGCGGAGAAGCUGGCGCACGACGCCAUCACCGUCUCAGACCGGAUCCUCUCCGAGACUACGCGUCUGCUGGAGCUCCACACCGGAGCUGGCAACGAUGAUGCAAACCAACCGCAUAGCCCGCGCCUGGUGAAGCGCAACAUCAUCCUGGGGAAUCUGACACGGCAGCUUCGGAGGGAGAAGGCGGGUGCCGAAAAGUAUCUCGAGGAGUUCAAGACCGCCCCGGACGACAUGGAGAGGAGCCGGGCCUUCACCCGGCUGUCCUGCCUCAACAUCACCUUUACGACAUCCUAUGGACCGUCGUGA